GACGGUACACAAUGUGCCAUAAUAAUAUAAUCUUCGUGGCAUUUUCAUUUCCAAGGCCUCUCGUUUCUGUAGAAGUAUCAGCAGUCAGGAAUGGGAGCAAAGACAUGUCAAGAGGAGACUCAUGAAGGUUGAGAGAGAGGGGCAGUGUUAGAUUUGCUAGCUGGUGGCAAAUUUGUGUAGCUGUUUGGGAACUUGGCAAGCCAUGGAAGCAAAGAAAUGGGGUUUUGCUAUAACCUUGAUAUUCAUCUUUGCUGUAGUGCCUUUGACUCUUCUAAUCCUGCAGAAUCCUAAUAAACCAUGGGAAUUUGUGGACAAAAUCUUAGGCAUAUUAGGAGGAGAUGACUCAAUAUAUCCUUCUGGAAACUACAAGGUCAAUGGAGAUCACAUUCAGGACCUGUCUGUGAGUCCCAACUUAUCUAGUUGCCACGCAUCUUAUGGUAGGACUGAUCUCCUUGUCCAUUGCUGCCCUUCAGAAAGUCAAGGAGAAGAGGCCAUCAUUGAUUUUCAAUUUCCCGAUCCUUCGACUCCUUUGCGAGUUCGAAGGCCUGCCCAUCAUGUUGAUGAUGAUUAUAUUGCCAAGUACAAAAGGGCCUUAACCAUCAUGAAGUCCUUGCCAGACAGUGACCCUCGGAGUUUUAGUCGUCAAGCUAAUAUACAUUGUCUCUAUUGCACCGGUGCUUAUGACCAGCCACAUUCCAAUCUUUCUAUUGAUAUCCAUAGGAAAUGGUUUUUCUUCCCUUGGCACCGCAUGGUUCUCCAUUUCCACGAACGAAUAGUCGGAAGCCUCAUUGGGGAUGACGCAUUUGCUCUGCCAUUUUGGAAUUGGGACUCCCCUGAUGCAAUGACACUUCCUGGGUGGUACAUGAAUGAUCCUUUUUUCGAUGAUCAGCGUGAUUUUUCGCACUUUCCACCAAAAGUUUGCGAUUUGAACUUCCAUGAAGACAAUGAUAUUGAACCUGAGGAACAGAUUCAUUUGAACCUGGCAUUUAUGUAUAAGCAGGUUGUAUCCGGUGCAAAGACGCCAGAGCUGUUCAUGGGAUGCCCCUAUAAGGCAGGUGAGGGAGGUGUUUGUGAUGGACCAGGCACCGUAGAGCUUGCCCCUCACAACACAAUGCAUAAAUGGGUUGGCAGCAAUUUCCAGCCUGAAAGGGAAGACAUGGGAGCAUUCUACUCAGCAGCUCGGGACCCCGUGUUCUACCCACACCACGCAAAUCUAGACCGUGUUUGGGAGGUUUGGAGGGGGGUUCACAAAUUUGACUUGCACAAUAUGGAUCCUGAUUGGCUCAACUCUUCUUUCUACUUCUAUGAUGAGAAUUCUCAGCUUGUGAGAAUUUAUGUUCGUGAUGUUCUCAAUACUACGAAGCUUCGGUCUGUAUAUGAGGAGGUUGAUCUUCCAUGGCUGAAUAUGCGUCCAAAGCCUUCUGUUCCAUCCAAAAUGACCAAGCAAGCACUGAAACUAAGAGAAAACAAAACCAUGUUGCAAUCGCCGCGUGCACGCAUAUUAUCAGCGGAGUUUGGAUCAGGUGGUCAAAAUCUUGACAGCUCCAUAACAGUGAAGGUGCACAGGUCGAAAUACAAUAGAAGAAAGCAAGAGAAAGAAGAAGAGGAAGAGGUCUUGGUUGUUCAUGGAAUUGAUGUCCAAAGUGAUGAGUACGUUAAAUUUGAUGUCUAUAUAAAUUUAGUGGAUGAGAGUAUAGUUAGCCCAAGUUUCAGUGAAUUUGCAGGAACCUUUGUUCAUAUACCUCAUGGCAAGAGGGAUGCUAAUCGAAAAACCAAUCUCAAGUUGGGGAUCUCAGAAGUACUAGAAGAUUUGGAGGCAGAUAGCGAUGACAGCAUUUGGGUGACAUUGAUACCAAGGACUAAAUCUUGCACUUACACAGUAAUUGAUGGACUGCAGAUUGAAUGUAUGAGAUAAAUAUUGAUGCUUUGUUUGUGGAUUUCAACUUCAAAAAUGAGAUGGCUGAGUGCAUCCAUAAAAAAUAAAAUAAAAAACCUACUACAUAGCUAUGGAGACAGUGACAGUCAGAGCAUCCUUAUUGAAAAAACAUAUUUAUACACA